CGAUACGCCGCGCGUAUUGAAUUUGCAAUAUGCCUAGAAAACUUACGAUCGCAUUAUUCAUCGCAAUCUUGUUCGGGAAUUCCGCAGCGCGAAAAAGUGAAGAAAAAUGCAAGGAAUACGCCGAUUUGGUUUACGAGAUCGAAGAUUCGCCGACAUUGCGUAUCAAUGCUGGCGCGAAUAAAGUUUCUCGCUGUGCAAUCGUCGAGACACCUCUAAUCAUCGGCGGAGUUCAAGCGAAGCACGCGGAAUUUCCACAUAUGGCGGUGAUCGGUUUUGGCAAGACUGACGUGUCCUGGCAGUGUGGAGGAAGCAUCAUCUCCGAGAAUUUUAUCCUGACCGCGGCGCAUUGUAUGGAAUCCCCGGACAAUGGUCCCGCAAGCAAAGUGCGUGUCGGUUUGAUUAAUCUGAUAACUCCGGACGAUUCCAUGCAGGAGAGGGACGUCGUGGAGAGAAUCAAGUAUCCAGAUUACAAGUUCUCGGUCAGGUAUCACGAUAUAGCGUUACUCAAACUUGACCGACCGUUGGAAUUGAAUCCUCGAGUACGUCCCGCGUGUCUCGAGAUAAACUCCCAGAUACCGGGCAAGAGCGCUAUCGCUUCUGGAUUUGGCAAAACGUCUUACGAAUCUAACGUCGGUAGCAAUGACCUGAUGAAAGUCCAAUUGAAUUACAUUUCCGAAGAUGAAUGUAAAAAGGCUUACAUCGAGGAUAUUGGUACUCGGAAGCUGCCCGAUGGCUUGAUAUCGAGCUUACUUUGUGCUGGCAUAAUGGAAGGUGGUAAAGAUACCUGCCAGGGUGACAGUGGUGGUCCGUUGCAAAGAGUUCUUGCGAAUCCUUAUUGCAUGUAUAGCGUCGUAGGUGUGACAAGCUUCGGAAAGUUCUGCGCCUUUAAAUCUUCACCCGCGAUAUAUACUCGAGUUAGCUCUUAUCUCGAUUGGAUAGAGAGUAUCGUUUGGCCAUGAAACUCAGACACAGAAACUACCUACUUAAUGCUUAUAUGCUAAUUUUCAAUUUUAUUUUCAACAUUUUUGAAGAAUAAUCGACGAAGGAUGCUCAUGUGUAGUUAUCGGGAUUGAUGAGAAUUAAGGAAUAAUUAAAAUAAAAAUGACAAACAACAUAUAUAUUACAAUCAUCGGUGUAAUUUUUAUUGCAAAAAAGAUAAUAGUUAUUCAUUGAUAUUUACAAUGCGAUUUCCAAAUGUAUGUAUAUACGUACAAUCCAGUGUAAUAAACAUCUGCAACUUGUGCAUUUCAUACAGAGAAGUAUAUUCUAAUUAAUAACAAUCAACGAUGAUAAAAUGUAUAUAAUAGAUAAUGACUAAUAUGAUCUCUGUUAAAAAUAGAAUAAUAUUCAAUAUUCAAUCCACACAAUUCGGAUAAAAGAGGGUAAAAACAACGCGAGAAACGUUACAACAUUAACUUUAACAGUUGUUAUAGUAUGUCCAGUAUAUAUUGGAGGAUAUACAUUAUUAAAAAUUAUUAAAUAUUACAAGAUAAAUAAGAGUACGGAAAACGAGGAUUUACGUUUAAAACAAUCUACGGAGACGUGAUCUGCUUAUUAAAAGGAAUCUUGAUAAUCGUCCAGUGAGAUAAGAGAUGCUUAAAAUUUCCAUCGAUACACAAUUAAAAUCCUUAUAAUGAAUACGUAUAUUAUUUACAUUAU